CAACGCUUGACACCGACUGAACGACUCCGGCCAACCCGGAACUUUUUAAGUCAUCUAAAUAAUCCCUGAAAACUCGUUGAAGGCAGUUUUCUCCUGUUUUCCUUUAAAAGUUCAGAUGCUACUUUGAGGGGUGGGAAAAACGCUUCCGGACUAACUUUGUUCCUUUUUGGAGAGGGGCAGGGAAGAAAAAAAAAAAAGGACAGUUGCAAAUGUUUCUCGCUCCGACUGCGGCGGUUCCUGCAGGACAGUAGCCCUCGACUUGUCUUUUCAUACCAGCUAAAGUGUGGUGGGGAGUCAAGUGGCGCCAACAUGCCGCAGCAGAAGGACAUAGUGAAGAUAGCUAUCCAGAUGCCUGGGGCUUACCCCCAGCUCAUACAACUGGAUCAGAAAAAGCCUCUGUCGGCCGUGAUAAAGGAGGUGUGCGACGGUUGGAAUCUCCCAGGUCCUGAUAACUACGCUCUGCAGUACGCUGAUGGAGUGCAGACGUACAUCACCGAAUCGAAUCGCCUGGACAUCAAGAACGGUUGCAUUCUGCGUCUGACCAAGGCGCCGGGUCGCUGUGCUGAGGAUUUGUACAAGGGGAUCCAGAGCUCAGAUUCCGGCGUGCGCUGCGAUUCCUUGAAGGAGCUUGCGAGUGUUUCCACAGACGUGACCUUUGCUCAGGAGUUCAUCAGCCGAAACGGACACCUCUUAUUAGUCAAAAUAGUGGAGGACUCUAACGAGAGCAACGUGAUCAUGACACACACCCUGACUGGUUUCAUGGAACUGAUGGAUCAUGGGAUAGUUUCCUGGGAGAACCUCUCCUCCGUCUUCAUCAAGAAGAUCGCGGGUUUUGUCAACGCCAAGCCGACCGAUGCGUCAAUACAGCAGGUGUCCUUGGACAUCCUGGAGAGCAUGGUGCUCAGCAGCCACAGCCUUUUCCUGCAGGUCAAACAGGAAGUGACCAUGGAGAGGCUCAUCGCUCACCUACAGGUGACGAAUCAGCAGAUACAGACCAAAGCAAUGGCCUUACUGAUGGCUCUGCUACAAACAGCCGGAGACUCAGAUCGACAGGAUAUGUUUGCGUUUUUGAAUAAGAAGAAUCUCCGUCAGUACAUUUAUAAGAACAUCAUCCAUAGUUCUGGUGCAGUCCAAGAUGAGAUGGCACACUACCUUUAUGUCCUACAGUCGGUUACCUUGAAUCACCUGGAGCCUCGCAUGAGGACACCUCUGGACUGUUACAACCAGGAACAGAGAGACAUCCUCCACAAUUUGCGGCAGGCAGCGUUUGAGACGGAGAGUGAGAACAGCCUGAGCCACGAGAGACGACGCUCGCUUUGCGCCAAGGAGUUCAAGAAACUGGGCUUCUCUAACAACAGCAACCCAGGACAGGACUUGGUGCGAACGCCUCCUGGUCUCUUAGCUUUGGACACCAUGAAUUAUUUUGCCUCACGUUAUCCUGACGCCUACAGCAGGUUUGUCCUGGAGAACAGCAGCAGAGAAGACAAACACGAGUGUCCCUUUGCCCGGAGCAGCAUCCAGCUCACGCUCAUCCUGUGUGAAAUUCUUCGUAUCGGAGAGCCACCCUCAGAGACUGGAUCCGACUACCACCCCAUCUUCUUUAGUCAGGACCGGCUGAUGGACGAGCUUUUCUGCGUCUGUAUUCAGCUGCUAAACAAGACCUGGAAGGAGAUGAGAGCCACACAGGAGGAUUUUGACAAGGUGAUGCAAGUGGUGAGGGAGCAGAUCACCAGGACGUUGUCCAGCAAGCCGACCUCCCUGGAGCUCUUUAAGAACAAAGUCAACGCCCUCAACUACAGCGAGAUCCUCAAACUGCGGCAGACAGAGCGGCUGCACCAGGAAGAGACGCUCGCUCCGCCCGUGCUUGAGCUCAAAGAGCGCCUGAAGCCAGAGCUGCUGGAGUUGAUCCGCCAGCAGAGACUCAACAGGCUGUGUCAGGGAACCAUGUUCAGGAAGAUCAGCAGCCGACGCAGACAGGAUAAACUGUGGUACUGUCGCUUGUCGCCCAAUCACAAAAUGCUUCACUACGGCGACGUGGAGGAAGAUACGGAAAAUCCACCCAUAGAAACUCUGCAAGAGAAGAUUCCAGUAGCAGAUAUCAAAGGCCUGCUGACGGGUAAAGACUGUCCUCACAUGAAGGAGAACAAAGGCAAACAAACAAAGGAGGUGCUGGAUCUAGCAUUUAGCAUCACAUACGACGUAGAAGAGUACAGCUUGAACUUCAUCGCCCCCUCCAGGACUGACUUCUGCCUGUGGACGGACGGCCUGAGCGUCCUGCUGGGCCGGGAGAUGAGCAGCGAGGCCAUGCGCAGCGAGCUGGAGAUCCUCCUGUCUAUGGAGAUCAAACUCCGCCUCCUGGACCUGGAGAACGUUUCGAUCCCCGACAGCGCUCCGGUCGUCCCCAAGCCUCCGAGCAACUACAACUUCUGCUACGACUUCAGCCAGACGGAGCAGUAGAGAGACAUGCGUGAAUGUGUAAAUAUAUAUAUGUGUGUGUGUGUGUGUGUGUGCGCGCGUGUGCGUGUAGUGAGAUCUGACCUGUGCAUCCAGGCACUUAUUUUCACUGAUUUUAUAAGUUAAAUUUUUUUUCUUCAGUGGUCUGGACAUCCAAGUUAUAUAUUAAAAAAAAAAAAAAAACCGGAGGAAACCUGUGGAAAGAGACUGAAACUACAAAAACAAAGUCCCACACUCACUCUUUGUCCUCCUCCCUGUACCGUCUUAAGGUGUGUGGAAAAGAACAGGUACUUGGAAAAUUGAAUUCCUCGCCCUAUGCAAUACAACCACUUGUGUAAUGGUACUUUAAUUUUGUUUUAUAAUCAUAUUAUAUUUCUAAAUGUAUCUAAAAGGCAUGUAUAACCUUUCCAUACAUGCUUUGUUUUGUCUCAGAAGGCCGUCUGUGCUCAUUCCUGUUCAUUAGUUUUAUUUUCUUCUAUAAUGGGCAUUAACUAGAACACACAGCUUCCUCACAGUGUGGUACAUUUUAAUUCAUUCACAACUGUAUGUUUUUAAUGUUGGUCUAUAUAUUAUUUUUUUGCGUAAUAUACCUGUGAGCACUUCUUUGUACGGAUCCCAGCGGCUCGAUGAUGACGACUGACGGCAGACUUGCAUUAAAUAGCAGUCAGAUUUUUUUUCAUUUUCUGCUCCACGAUCGUCCCCGUUUGCCUGAACUGUCUUCAAAUCUUCUUUUAAACUCUAAAACCGAUGCCUCGUGUGUAGUAGCCGGCGCUCGUUGCGAUGAUGCGACGCUCUCGAAGGAGCUACACAAAAAACUGACACAGGUCCACAUUAAAUAAAGAGAGUGUUUUCUGCC